GUUCCAGUGCCCCCGUGCAGGUCUGUUCCAGUGCAGUAUAACAGGCCUGGUGUUUAGGAUGGAGGGAGAGGGAGAGGUGCUCUAUAGGACAGUCCCCUGGGACAGGAGGCUUCUAGCCCAGAGUGGCAAGAGGCCUGCAGGACCCCUGUUCAACAUCGACUGCCCUCAGAAGUCUGUCUGCCAACUACACCUCCCACACUGUCAGAUUCAUUCUGGUAAGUAUUCAUUUCAAGUAACUUUCAGGAAUAAAAGAGGAAUUUCACUUUCAAGACUGCUCUAAAGAAGAUUACUCUGCUAAUAUGCUACAUUGUCUUGGUUGUCAUUUAUAUUGUAGUAUAUCUGAGAAAUAUCUAAAUGUUCUCUUUCUUUCCCAGGUGGUGGAUGUGACUUCCUGUCUGUAGCCCAUGUGACUGAUGACAUCAUUGAGUUUCUUCCUCCUCAUGAGAUAACAGAAACACACAUUAUAAUAAACAUCACUGGAUUCUCUGCUUAUGGUGAUGUUGUCGUAUCGGGUGAAUGGUGGCAAUUAUUGCUGAUAAACAAAGGAGUCCGCUCAUACUGAACUUUGAUCAUAAGGUUAAUUCAGAUCACAAGCUUCAGCAUAAGUGACAGGUGACAUGCCCACCCGGAGAGCGACGCCUCAGAAUGGCCGCUCUGCCUCUCUUUGUCUAGCCCCUUACUUAUAAACAAUGCAAAAAGAUGGGUGGCUCCCUCUUCUGGCCAAUCACCAGUCUCCCCUGUCUACAACACACUUCCUGUCUGUUGUAUGUGGCAUUACACUAAAACAUUCCCUCUUGAUACUAAAAUUAACGUCCUCUCUGGUUCCACUUAAAACAUUAACAACGUCAUAAUCUCAAUACACGACAUUUCCCCCCUUCGAGACGAACUAAAAGUCUCGAAAACAAACAGAAUAGGAUUAUGACAAGUGACAAUUUAUCUUAUUGAGUAUCUUUAACAUUAAACCAAAAACAUUAUUCUCUAUACCUUUCUAUGAAAUAUGAAUAACUGUUUAUGCAGUGUGAAUACAUUACUAUGAAAUAUGAACAAAUCUUUAUGGAGUGUAAGAGCGAAAAACUGUCCGGCAACCUUCGUUCCAAAUCCAUCCAUCAAUCAAGACAGUAAAAUUCUCUCACGGUCCCUCUGCCCCAGGCAACCACCACGGUACUCCAGAUAAACUCAUAAACAAUGUAAAUGCAUUUGAAACUAUGAUGCAAUUAAAUACACAUGUAAGCCCCUUCAAACAAAAUCCUAUCCAAAAAAUAUCCACUCUAAGGCUGGUCAACCCAUUGGACCCUAUAGUGGACCUCUCCCUGCCUAGACUCCCUAUCCCUAAGCAUCACCGAAAUAAACAAAAACAUCUAAGAUCCCCACAUGUAUUCAAUAACAUCAAACAUCAUUCUACAAAAAUUAAUACCUAAGAAUAUGACACAAUUAUGUAUUACACAUCAAAUAUGUCUAUAUUUCAUUGCAGACACUGGAAUGUAGUCCACUACACUUCAUCUCCCCGUAGUCUCGACUUCCAAUGUAUUGUUGAUGAUGGAAUCGGAAUCUUUCCACACCCUCCUUGUUUCAUCUCCUCCAGUCAUUGUCCCUUCAUAUUGUCCUUGUUUGAGUAUUUCAAUCUCCACAUGUCCCCCAAAUGCUUCUGAAAGAAAAGGAAAGACCAAACAGUAUCUUUUACAAAACAACACUUUCAAAUUAAACAUCAAUAUCAACUAAGAAUAUAGAAAUGAUAUAUAAAUGAUGUAUGAAUCACAUUAAAUGAUAGAAUAAUGAACUAGGAUAAUUAUUCAUUCAUACACUUCCCCCCUUUGAUUCAUAAAAUCAUACCAAAUCACCCUAAUAUUGAAAAAAAAAUUGGAAAAUGAUCAAAUAAUCAAAAAGGAUAUUUAUCAUCCAGUCCCUCUUGUCCAUCCUCAUCCAGAUCAGGAACAGUCAACAACGGCAUCUGAGUGUUGUCUCCAGGCAUCACUCUCCAACCUAUCUCAAUAUCAUAGCUUUCUCAAAGGUCAGUAACAAAUUACAAACCUCACACACAGUGCUAUUAAAGCUGCAACUGAAAUCUGAACCAUCACUGCCCCUACUGGGCCUAAUUGAUCUUGCAACCAAGACUUCGCUGACAAUCCAGCUCCCUCAGAUCUCCCAAAUGCAUCCCUUAUAUUCUUCAAUGCAUAUAUAACUAUCUGAACUAUCUGGACUCAAAGUAUAACUAUUAUCAUCAAUAUGAUCUUCCCAAAUGUUACACCAUACCAUGGAAAAAGUCCCCCCUUCUCCCUUAGAUUUAUCCUUCAAUGAUAGGCUUGAAGACUAUGACAUGCCGCCAUGUCUCUUUUCAUCCAAUUUCAAACCUAGAUUUAAAUGUAUCUGUGUCCGGUGCUACCCCUCUUUUAAUGGUAAAACCUCAUAUGGAAGCUUCAACGUCGACAUGUAACAACAUCCUAUCCAUCAAUAGGGUAAAAAUAUAUAUGCUUUAUCACCACAAACCCUCUAAAUAUCUUUAACAUUCCCAAUAGUCACAUUGACAGGCAAAAGCUGAUCUUUCACCAUCAAAGUCCUGCUCUUCUUACUACCUGGUACAUAAAAAGUUACAUUAUAUUUGUCCUCUCUAACCUUAUGUCCGUGCUUAUUCAAAGUCAUCAUAUAAUCAUCACAAUCUGAUAUUCCCAUAAACAUACCCCUUACAUCAUAUGUUUUAUUAGAACAAAAACAACUUUUAGCCCUCAAAUGGUUUCAUCUCCAAUGCUCCAGGGUUCGCUGUUACCUGAUUUUUCUUUACCAUCCAACAAAUUCACAUAAGUUAAUUCACUUAAACCCAUUAACACCUAAACCUAGGCUUAAACAAAUGUUUUGACAACGACAUUAUUUUAUCGGUUACUGAUUGUUGCUGAUACAACAGUCAUGACAAAGCAUAAGAUUGACACAUACUUGAUAGAGGUCGAACGACCAUCUCUAACAUGUUUGACUGGAAUUCUCAACAGACAUGGACCCUCAAGAUUCCUCACUGAUGUUACAGAAUGAGCUACUGGAACCUGCCCAUCUAUCUCUAAUUUUCACAACAGAAGAAUCAAACCACUCCAUUUAGUUUCUCUCUUCCCUAACGAGCGGUACUGCAGAUACUUCUCCUUGUCUGUCAUUAAAAUCAAAGACCUCAUCCUGUACCUCCAUGAUAGUAUCACUAUUUCAGAUGAAUCUAUAUUGUUCUCUACUACUAUCUGCUCUCCUAUUUUAACCCUAUUCGUACUAUCAUUGACAGCACUCUCCAUCCGUAACAUAAACCCCUGAGUCCUUCUUGCUACCCCCUUUAAUUUCAGAAAAGUUGUUGUCGGUGUCAUACUUCCUACAUUUGCUAUUGCCAUCGUAUCAUUAAUCCCUUCCAAAGUUACUAUUAAAGCAGUUGAUCUAGUUGAUGUAUUAACACUCUUAACUACUUCUAGUGCAAAAGUUCCCGAUAUCCUCUGUGUAUUAUCUACUGUUGGAGUGACUACUGUAAUAAUAUACUUCCUGAACUCCUUCGGUGACUGUGGAAACUUCAACAGACUUCAAAUCUUCCAUCAUAAGCGUUACUUUAUGAAUUACAUAGUCUUUUAACCAAUAAUUCUUAACCGGAACAAAUGUUAAUGCUUGCACUAGAUAAGUACACAUAUAUUCUCCCUGAUCUUUCUCUGUAACAUUACGCCAAAUAAGUGAACAGUCACUCAUAACCCUCUUCCACUUCAUAUUGUUGUACAAACUAUAUCUCCUUUGAUUAGGUGCAACAGCUUGCUUCUACUUCUGGUCCUGAUAACAAUACUUCUUCUCCAUAAUUAUCUCUCCAUGUGGGAGGAACGUCCCCAUCCUAACCCUAAUAAGUAUUUUUCCUCUAAAAUUGGUGCUGAAGCCAUUGGCUCCCUUAUAAUCAAAUGUGAUAUAUUUAUGGCUUUAAUAACUAUCAAUGUUGAAAGAGUUAAAUUGCUUCUCACUGUUGUUUUAAUAGACUGAAGUGUUAAUGUCAUUGUUGUUACUUCAUCCAUUUUCCCCAAAGCUUUGAACUCUUUGCUUGUACUUCCAUCUAUCACCACUAGUGUCACUUUUUCCCAACUCUCAGUCCUAACUUUCAAACUUUUGAUUAUAAAAAUACCCCUACAAUUACCUUGAUCUUCCUACUCUAAGAUGUCCUUCACCACUGUUCUCUCUCUCUUACUACUAACUUUGAAACUUAGCUUACUGUCUUAGAGUUCCUUCAACCUAGUUCUCCUAACUUUUUAAUCUAAUCUUUUCUCCUAACCUUUAAAAACCUUUUCCACUGAUUUAUUCACAAAAUCCCUUUACCACCAAUUUUUUGAAUAUGUGAUUGGGAAAGUCCCCACCUGCUUCUGACUUCUUUACACACAGACUUGGCAAACGACUAAACACCUUUUAGCCUAGCCUGAAAUCUCUUGGUGUAAGAAUGUAACCCAGAAUAACAGUCACCCCUUUUAACUUUAUUUUUCAGACAGAUUGUCUAAUAGGCAGUCUAAUAGAUUAUCAUCCUUCCUAUGAUAUUAUCUUUUUAAGCAAAUAUGAUUCCCAAAAACCCUACUUUUUAAAAUCUUCUACCAGACAGCCAUUUAGUGUACAUCUUAUUGUACAAUUCAAUUUACACCAUGCAUCUCUUCCCAACACUGCAAUAGGUAUAUGCUCUAAUAUUAGUAUGUCUAUUUUAAUUUCUCUUUGAUUUUCUAUAGCAUAGCUCAAUUGGUUCCCUAAGAGUAAUUAACUGUUUUACUACCUCAAAUCCCUAUCCUAAUUUGUUAAUUUUGCAUAGUGAGAUGUUUAACCUCUUUAGGCUGAACACAGAUAAGUUUUUCCACUAUUCACUAUCACUUCUCAUAGUCCUCUGGUUUUACUUCAAUUGUUGGAUAUUUUCUCUUCUUCUCUAAUCGGUGCUAUCAGCUGACACCCCCCUUCGUAUCUUCUAGGCACUCUAGAAUCCUUAGGGUUCACCUGGAGAACAGGUGAUCUUGACUGGCCCCUGUAUCUUCCUUAAAAAUGUUCUCUGUUGUUUCCUCCUGACUUGUUGCACUCACAGGUAAAGUGACCAAUCUGUCCAUAAUUACAACAGUCUUCUGAAAGUUGCUGGAAGUGUAGCUGAAAUCUUCCUCCUCCUUCUAAGCCUUCUCGUCCUCUUCCUCUCCAAUUCUGUGUCUGUCCAGAAACUGUCUGUGGAUAUGGAACACCUGGUACCCCCCUUGGCUGGUACAAUUGCAUUUUAUAUUGUUCAGUUGAAGCUGUAACAGUGAUUGUUGAUUUGGUUCACUCUGAUUCUUCAUAACCAAAGCUUCUCUUCUCCACCAGUUGUAUGAUUGAGUUUGAGAGUUUCUUCGUCCUGUUCUUUCUUGCUGUUGACAUAUCAGGAUUCUUCAAAAGCUUAUAUUCUAAGUUCUGUCCUCAAAAUAUCAUCUUCCAUCAUCUUCUUACUUUUCUUCAGCAUCUUGGCCUCAAUGUAUUCUUCUUCUCCUCCAAUUCUUGGGAUUAUUUUCUCAGCAGGUUUUCUCCUUCUGUCUUCAGCGUCUCGAGCUGUUCCUCUAGCUCUCUUACCUCUCCCAAAGUCCUCGCUUCCUCCAGGCCUGAUAAGCAUCGGUCUAUAUCUCCUUCUAUUUCUUCUGUGCCAGUCCUUGUAGGACAAACUCCUUUUGAAUACAUAGCACCUUCAGUCUCCUCUUUCUCGCUGUCUUCAUCUGAACUCGAAUCUCUUGUAUCCUUCUUCCUUCAACUUCCAUCAGAGAUCAAAUCUCUAGUAUCCUUCUUUCCUCUCUUGCCAACUUCCUUCUGAUCACAGAGUCAUAUCCACCCAUGAUCUCUUCUCAAUCACUCUGAUCUUCAUCAUCUUCUUCCUUAAGUUCCAUCUUCCUAACCUCACUCUUCUCUUUCAGACAUCUCAUUUUCUUCCUUCUGGAGUUCUGGAUUCAUCUUCAUUGUCGUUUCUGCUUGUCCUCUAUCUAUUAUUCAUCUUCAUCUCUGAUGCAACAAUCACCCUCCUGGAUGAUCCCUGGAAGCUGAGGAUAAACAUCCCUAAGCUCUACUUCCUUCUCGUAAGGUGGGUGUCUUUUUGCUGAAUCCGUAUGUGAGAAAGGUAUACUAACUUCUGCCAUUAGUUUUCCUGUCGCCUUCUCUAUACCGUUGUUUAUCUUAUCGCUGGAAUCUUUUAUCAGUUUUUGUUUGAGAAUGAAGGGCAACUUUUGUUUCAUUUGCCGGAUAACCUAGCAAUACUUUAGUUAAAGGGUUACUAUUUUGUACUAUAUCAAUCGGUGUAAUGACUUUCAUAGCCUUGAUGUCGUUUUUCCCCAUUGUAACAACCCUUUUAUAUUCCUUUAUCGUGAAUUAUUUUAUUUUAGACUAUAUAGCCUAUGGCUUCCCCCCUUCAAUUAUUAAUAUAACCCAAACAACCCAAAAAAUAAACAUUUUUAUUUUUAUUUUUAUUUUUUAUAAAUCAAUUAAAAAUCAUGAAUAAUUAAAACCAAUUUUUAUUCCUAUAUCCUAUGUCACCAAUUUAUCAAUUAGCGGUGGCUAUCUUACCACAACCCAUCAAAUGCAAGUAAAUGUAAGUUAGUCAACUUCAAAGCAAUCCCAAAAACAAAGCCUCUAACCCUUCAACACUACAAUUCCCAUAAACCCUUAUCUUAAUUUUACAGAAUAAUGUCAGUCCUUGAUUCCCAACACAUCUGUAAUUAACCCAAGUGAUGCACAUAGCCUCCAAAAUGCAAUUUUUUAAUGAAAUAGUAUUUGCCAAGCCUAUGUGAAAUUGUCAUAACAUCAAAUAUUUUUGUGAACUAGCCUGAUAUCUGAUCCUCGCACGUCAGCACCCCCUCUCCUUCUCUCUCUCCCUCCUGUCGUCUCGUCCUAUUGCCUCUCAUAUGACAAAAACAGAGACACAGAAAAAUAUUUUAGUAGUUACUGCAAUCACUGAGUUAUCUCAACCAUAUUCAACAUUCCUUCGUUCACCCAUUAUUCACUCUAAGACUAAACUCAGAACUAAAUAGAUCGCUCAAAAACAUUUUUAUUUUAUUUUAAUCCGUCAUUUAAUUUAAUUCAUUAUACUCCGCCAACAUAUAUUUAAUGUAUAAAUUCACUACAUCUCAACAAAUAGUUUCAUGUUCAAACACCAGCCGCUUUAAACUAUAAGAUUCGCGUUAAAAUCUCUCCUCUUUGUCUGUGGCUAUUUCUCCCCCUGCAGUGUAACCCCACAGAAUAUGACACGUUACCCACAAUCCCGUUUUGUAGUUUUAGUAAACAAGAUUUUGUCGUUUUUUAGUACCGGAACCAAACGUCUCAUAAUCUCGUGCCAUAAACUACAACUCCCACGUUUUGUAGUGUAGUGUCAUAAAAUUAAACGCAUGCGCAAAUGCAUUCAAUGAUACGAUUCCCAAACAAUAGAACGAUAGCAUUACGCUACAGCUUCACUAUUUUAUACCCUAUACUCACACAAUUACACAUAACAGAGCUCACAUUUGCGUAGAACUUUGAAUUCUACACACACAUACAUAUUUUAAGAGGCUUAUCCUAUCGCAAUAGGACCUCUAAGGACACGUUAGCAUGUAGCACGCAACACAAUUAGCCAUUAGCAUUUAGCAUUAGCCGCUAUGUACCCUGUAGCAUGAAACACAAUCCAGCAUUUAGCAUUAACAUUAGCCUUAGCCUUUAGCUAACUGCGGCCUACCACGCCCUAAGUAACCUUGCAUUGUGCCUAAAUCAUUGUCCAUUUAUCACCUGCUAACUUUAUGCUGCCGUAAGUUCUGGAUAAUCAUGUGAGCGGUUACCCCAAACGAAUAAUCCGUCGACUAUAAGAUGAGCAUAACAUACAUAUAAUCGUCCACCUUAUGGUUCCCAGAACCAACCUGACCCCACCUAACGCGUUGCAAGGAUUUUAUGGCCCACUCCUAAAGAGUCGCCUCGUUUCGAGGUCUUUAACAGAUUCACAAUGCCAUAAUUGCAUACGUAUCCCUGACUUUAUUCUGCCAAUAUCUGCCGUUAAUAUCUCUACCAUCGAUUGCUCUAAAAUUCCAAGCCUACUCUCCCCCCUUUUGCCCUGUCUACCAGUGCAACAAUUGAUAAUGAUUAGCCAGACCCCCAGUUAUCAGCAAUAACGCCACACGAGGCACGGUCGUAUGGUACAUUUCUCCAGUGUACACAAGCAGUAUCAAAACUAACAACUUAGCUGUGAGGAACACUCACCCUUGUCUGGUCAUGACUCCAGACCGAAGUUAGCUUGGCGGCUACGAAUGAGCAAAGGAGAGAUGCAGACCAGCCCCACGUUGGGCGCCAUUUGUCGUAUCGGGUGAAUGGUGGCAAUUAUUGCUGAUAAACAAAGGAGUCCGCUCAUACUGAACUUUGAUCAUAAGGUUAAUUCAGAUCACAAGCUUCAGCAUAAGUGACAGGUGACAUGCCCACCCGGAGAGCGACGCCUCAGAAUGGCCGCUCUGCCUCUCUUUGUCUAGCCCCUUACUUAUAAACAAUGCAAAAAGAUGGGUGGCUCCCUCUUCUGGCCAAUCACCAGUCUCCCCUGUCUACAACACACUUCCUGUCUGUUGUAUGUGGCGUUACACUAAAACAUUCCCUCUUGAUACUAAAAUUAACGUCCUCUCUGGUUCCACUUAAAACAUUAACAACGUCAUAAUCUCAAUACACGACAAUGUCACGGAUGAUGAUGCUCCCAUCUCCCCUAUCCAGGGGCUUGUGUUGUUAUUCCACCAACCGUUUGUCCCUGAAGAGAGGUCCAUCCUGAAUGUGUUGUUGCUUCCCAGUAAUGUUGUGAGAAAAGAGGUGAGCUGGAGCCCUACAACCCCAGAAACCUUCUUCUAUCUGGCUGGAAUUCAAUCAAACACACAAUGGGAAAUGUAAUACUGGCAUAACGGCUAAAACAUUUAAUCAAACCAUUAUGGAGAGAAGCAAGUGUGACUGAAUUCCAUCUGUUGACCUUUUUGAUCUUAUUGCAUUAUUCUCAAGCUUUAAGUCGUUUUUUACUCACAUUCUCUGCAAUUAUUUUUUAAAAGAGGGUAUUUUGAAGCACAAUUAAACUGUCUAUUGUUGGUCCUUUCAAGGUGCGGUGAUUGAAAGGGAUGGAAUGUGAGACCUUUUAACAACUUCUCAGUGUAAACUUCCCCCGAAGCAAGAAUACGCCUUCUCCACUAAUUCCACAGAUGCACAUCGAAUACAAUAUUUGAGUAAUACAUUUUUUAUUACAAUGUAAUUUUUUAUUUCAUUGACACUUCCUAUGAAAGCAACUACUACCCCACAUUUCAGUUGUUUUUUCUGAAAGAAAAGGAAGGUGAUGAACUUGUAUGGAACAGACUUGUCUGGUUGCCAGGUAACAGACAUUCAGAGCUCAAAUCCAAUCAAA